AUGGAUCUGGCAGAGCGACAGUUACAAGAAAUGUUGAAUGAAUUGAAUUCAAGAAGCCAACUCACUGUUGUGCUUGAGUCGGGGUUCUACGCCUUAAUUUUAUUGAUGUUGUUUGUUGGAAACUUUGCCACUCUUUUUGUGAUUGCGUUCAACAACAGAAUGAGGACAAUCCCAAACAUGUUCGUUGCUUCUCUUGCCGUUUCCGACUUCUUGUUAGGGGCUCUUUCAGCUUGUCCUAUUGCUUUCACUGCAUUGGUCAAAUCUCGGUGGCCUUUCAACGACACAACAUGCCAGUAUCAGGGAUACGUCGCUAUAACUUUGGCUGUGACUUCAACACAGACGCUAGCAUUGACAGCAGUAAAUCGAUAUUUCCGUAUCGUUAGCCCGGCAAAAUAUCGCCGUUACUUCACCGAGAAGAAAACCCAAAUCAUGAUUCUUGCCUCAUGGUUCUAUUGUAUGUGGGCUCCAUUGCCGUAUCUCUUAAACGGCUAUAGGAUGGUGUUUCAUCCUGCUAAGUUCUUCUGCUAUCUUCAGAUCGAUAGCGGUCCUUUUACAGCAUUUUUAGUAACUGUGUACGUAGGAUUACCAACUUGUGUGGUAAUCUUCUGCUAUCUAAGAAUAUUCCAAACUGUGCGUAGUCAUAACAACAACUUCCAAACCACACAAGAGUCAUCUAACACGGUCAACGUAGAAGAGAUCAAAAUAACCCGCACGCUGUUUGUAAUUGUUGUCUUUUUUAACCUGUGUUGGACUCCAAUUUUGCUGAUAGACAUUCUGGAUACGAUUCGUGGGAGCUGGUCACUACCUCGAGAAGCUUACGUAGCAUACAGUUUUUUAGCCACUAUAAGCAGUGCAAUAAACCCUAUCAUUUAUGGAGUGAUGAAUAAGAACUUUCGGAGGGAAUAUCUAAAAAUUAUUCGCUGCACCUUUUUUCGCUCGCAAGUGGUCGUAGAACCAUUAAAUUCUAAGGCAAACCGAACCAUUACGGUAGUUUCAACCGUUUAA